AUGCGGAUAACCAAGGCGCAGUUCAACGGCCUCGACCAGUACAAGUACUCGGGCGUAGACAAGUCCGUCGUCAGCAAGUACCUCCUCAACCCCUUCUGGAACUGGCUCGUCACCCUCUUUCCCAAGACCAUCGCGCCCAACACCAUCACUUUCUUGGGACUAUGCUUUAUCUUUACCAACAUUGGUACCAUGAUCUGGUUUGAUCCCACUUAUGCGGGUGUCGUCCUGCCCAACUGGGUUUAUGCUUCCUUCGGUAUCGGUCUCUUUGCUUACCAGAGUAUGGACGCGAUCGACGGCAAGCAAGCCAGGAGGACGGGUAUGGCCAGUGCCUUGGGAGAGAUGUUUGACCAUGGAUGCGAUGCUAUCAACACUACUCUAGAAGUGGUGCUGGCAGCUCAUGCCUUAGGCUUGAACCGCUCCUGGUGGACAGUCGCUUCUCAAGUCUUCUCCUUGUGCAACUUUUACGUCUCCACCUGGGAAGAGUACCACACCGGCACCCUCUUCCUCUCCGCCUUCUCCGGCCCCGUCGAAGGCAUCCUCCUCAUCUGCGGUAUUUACUUUAUCACCGCCUUCCACCCCCUCGGCUCUCUUUUCUGGGCCCAACCCUUACUCAAACCCCUUUUCCUCGUUAUCCCUCAAACCUACCCUCUUGUCCAAAAGGUCGACGUCCUCCUCGAACACCUCGGCAUCGCCAAACACGUCACCCUCGAGACCGUGCCCGCCAACGUCGCCUUCAUGGCUUUCGGUGCCCUCGGUACCCUCGGCAACAUUGCCACAUCCUACAUCAACGUCAUUUCUGCCAGGCGCAAGGCCGGAAAGCCGAUCCUUCCUCCUCUCGCCGGUCUUUUGCCGUUCUUCACGCACACCGGUCUUCUGGUGGCCUGGUUGCACUCGGAGAUCAGGGGUGGGGUUUGUAUCGUGCACGACCACAGGAUCUUGCCUUUCAUCGGGUACUGGGGCAUGGCCUUCUCUUACCAGGUCUCCCAACUCAUCCUUGCCCACGUCACCAAAUCACCUUUCCCAUACUGGAAUGGCAUGAUGAUCUUCUCCCUCUUUGGUGCUAUCGACGCCAACAUGGGUUCUCUCUUCGGCCGCGAACCAUUGGUCCAGUCUUCACCUGUCGCAGCCAACGUCUUCAUCUGGAUGUCCUUCUUUGUCGCCUUGUUCAACUAUAUCCGCUUUGCCCGUGAGGUCAUCUGGCAAAUUUGUGAAUACACUGGUUUGGCGUGCUUCACCGUGCGACACAAGGACAAGGAUGGGAAGUGGGUGGACCAUGUCAAGGCGGAGUAG